GCCGUUUGUCACUGUCAGUGUCAAAUGUGUCAACUAUUGUGUUGAACAAUAUAAAUAUAAUAUAAUAUUAAAUAUAUUUACAGGUAAUAUUAUUGUGUCAAAAAGUCUUUUAAUAUAUUUUAAUCCUGCACCGAAAGAAAAGAAUUGUCAAUAUGAAUUUCUUAGAUAAUUUCGAUCCGGAGACUUCAGCUCGUGAAAGACGCAAGCUUAAUCGUAAAAGUUAUUACAUGAACCGUAAAUCAAAAAAUAUUUAUGAUGAAAAUGGUCACAUUAGAGCAACAGGCAAAGAUCUCUGCGAUUGCUUGGAUGAAACUUGUCCAGGUUGUCACUUUCCAUGCUCCAAGUGUAAUUCAAAUAAGUGUGGACAUGAAUGCAGAGUGAAUAGAAAGUGGAUGUAUGACAAAAUUGAAAUUGAAGGAAAUGACUUUGUAAUAAAAAAUGAAUAUAGGCCUAAAUAAUAUUUACUUCUUAAACAAACUAUGUCUUAGCUAAGAGUUAAAUUAUCAGUGUACAAUUGAUGACAAAAGUCUUGUAAUUAAUGCACAUUUUAUCAUUACUGUAGUAUUAAAUCUCAAUCUGACUUUUUAA